AUGUCUAGACAUAUCGGCUGCUACUUCCAUUACACACAGAGUAUUCAUCGUAAAAUACAGACGCUUGGAUUGUCAACAGUCUACAAAGAUGAUGAAGAAGCUCGCUUUAUCUGCCAACAAUUAAUGGCACUCGCUCUUUUGCCAUUGAACAAAGUGGAGCCUGCAUUUCAAGCGCUUGCCGAUAAUCAUCCUGAGUCGCUGGAUGAAUUGUUCGAGUACUUCGAAACUUUCUGGAUGAAAACCACAUCUAUCGAUUUAUGGAACGUGUUUGAUCUCAAAACGCGGACGAACAAUAACGCUGAGGGCUAUCACAACAGAUUUUCUCAUCGCAUUGAUAAGAGACAUCCCAGCAUGUGGCAUUUUAUUCGAGUCCUCCAAGAAGAAGAAGAAGUUCACCUGAAUCAACACGUUCAGCACGUGCGCAUGGGAAAAAAGAAGGUGCAAGAUGGCGGUGGUCUUGACGUUAGACCAGCAUCAGUCUUAAUGAAUAACAGCUGUGGUGGUGGUGGUGGUGGUGGUGGUGGUGGUGGUUAUAGCAGCCGUAAUCUCAUCAUACCACUGACUAUUCUCAAAUCUUGUUAA